UAACCGUCGUUAAGCACCUGCUGUGUUUAUUGCGAUUGCGAAGUUAAAGUUAUUGUGAAAUAAAAUUAUGAAUGAAAAGUUGUAAGUUAAUUGAAAAUUCUUCAUAAUAAUUGUAAAAAUAAAUGUUAUUUAUUAUUUUAUGUAACAACUUUGGUGAUAUACAGUUACCAUCUCCGUAAAUGUUAUGAAAUGGAAUCUGUGGACAAUAACAAAUUUGAAGUAACCUCAACUAAAAGAAAAGUCAAGACGGGUCCCAACGUGUACCUCAACCCAGCUCUAGACCUCCUAGCAAACGAGGACCCCAUGUGUAACACAGCCAUGGAAAUAACACCCAACAAGCGACGCAAGCGGACUAAAAGUGACAUUGCUGCAUUUGAAAAUACUGCUUUAGAUCUAGGUAUCAGCAAAGCUGCGGUCAAUGAGUUUCUUCAACGCGAACUUGAAAAUGUACGUAGAAACAUUAAACACUAUGAAACGCCUAUCAAAACUGAAAAAUGUGAUCAUUCAUUACCAGAUGCAGAACCAAUUUAUGCUAAUUUGACUGAUUUAAAUAUACAAACUACUAAUUUACCGGAAAAUGCCAGUUUAAAUGAACAAAGCAUUGUUUCAUCUGAAACCACUAACAUUGUAUCUACAAGUAAUAGUAUUAUUGAAAAUAUACAAGAAAAGACAAUUGUUGGUACUGAAAAUGAUGUAGUAAUGGUAGAAAAUGAAUUAGAAAUGGACUCAGGAAUCUCAGGAGUUGAACAGAAAUCGAUAAAUGCACACACUAGCGGUUUAGAAGCUAAUGACAUAUCAGCUAUAACAAACGCAACAACCAUACAAACAAAUAUUACAAACCAAAUUUUUAUGAAUAACAGUAAUUUGAAUUUAAGUUUCAUAGAUAGAUUAGCUAUAGAAUCGCCAUCAACCUCAAAUCAAUCCUAUUAUUUCGAUGAUGAUCUAAACGAGAGUAAUAUAAUGGAAAUAAAAACAAUAACAAUUAUAACCAAAAAGAAACUUGUCCCUAAUAAGAAAAAUACUAACCCGUUUUUAAACCCUAAUCUAAAUGUCGAAGAUGUACCUACAACUGAGAAUCCAUUUCUUGACAAUCAAGAGUUGACAAAACCUGAAUUGGAAUACAAUAUUGAAGCCACAAACAGACCUUUAGAUAACCUUGGAACAGUUAAUAAUCUAGUACCUAGGAAGUUAUUUAUCAAUGAUACUAAUAGUACAAUAUCGACUGUGAAUGAAUCAGUCUCAAAUACAGGUCCUGAGUAUGAAAAUAUAGAUAGCUAUAGAUCUGAAAGUCCCAUAUACGAAAAUAUAGGCGAAGACCUACCCGAUGAAGUGUUCAACAAACAAAGUAAACUCUUAGGAUGUGAUGUAUCGCGGUUCAGUGCUGUAGACAUCCUGAAUUUGAACAAAAACUGUCAAAUUAACAAUUCCAACGAAUCGACGGAAAGUAAAAAAGAUUUGAAACACUCGAUAUUCAAAGCUAGCAACAAACUGUCAAAGAAAGUUUUCAAGACGUUAAAAAAGAAAUUCAAAGGAGAGAAAGUUGAACCCAAUGUAACUUUGAACCCUUAUGAAGUGCCAAGAAAACAGCCGAAGGAGAAGAAUACCAAGAAAAAUGAUUCCGGAAUAGAAAACCCAGCGUUGAAAUUGGAUAAUUCAGAUGAAAUUGAAAUCGAAGAAAUAGAUGACGAGCAUGAAUACGAAACUAUCAAAACUGUACGGAACACGCGUUUGAAUACAAACGUUACUCCGCUGAAAGAGAGGGUAGUUGACAAUUUUGACAUUUCAAAUAAAAGUUACACUCCAGGUAAAAAGGUUAGAUUCGAUUCGACUUUGAACAGGCAAAAGAUUAUAACUGGGAACAGUUUCGAUUGUGACAUCCAAAGUCCGGGGUUUGAUGCCAAAAUCGAUAAUUAUCACGAUGAAUUAGAGAACUGUAUGAAUGAGAGAAAGUUUUUACAGCAAAACAUGUGAAUAUUUUCUUAUAACUACUAUUGGCAAAUUCGUUCGUAACACUCCCGAUAGUCCGCGCGGGCCGGGGGAUGUGUAGCGAUGAAUGAAAAACCCACGACUGAUGCACUUCACUUCGCCGCACGCACCAUUUCACACCCGCGCAGUUUUUCCCCCCGUCGCCCGCAUAUCAUGAAAGUGUCAUCAACGAAGUUGCCAAGCUUUACCACAUACUUAUGAGUAUUUUGAUUAUUUUUUUCAACUUGAAUUUUGUACAUAACAGAUGCCUAUAAUUAUUAAGGAACUCCAUAAUUUAUAUAUUUUUAAGACUGUUUUUAGAAUUAAAUCUAGUACUUAUUAUCUUAUUGUUAAGUUGCACAGAUAGAAUUAUUGUGAUUAUUUGACGAAAUCCAAAGCCUAAGUUGUCCAAAGAAUGCAAUUGUUUUAGGCGUUAUACAAAGGUCUAAUUGUAAUACCUACUAAAAUGUGAUUGCCGAAAAAUUACUAAAAUGUACCCACCAUUUCUUAUUUAUUCAUUGUGAUACAUAAUGUACUUAAUCUUGCCAAAUAAAUGCACUAGUAUUAAUA